CCAGUAACCCAUGUUCCAGGUAGCAUUCUAUACCAGUCUUGAAUGCCAACAGGAAAUCACUGGACAGCAGACCCUUCCAAGAUCAUAACUGGGCUGUUGGAGUAACUUGGAAAAGAAGAAAAAAGAACUGAAACCAUGGCAAAAGUAAAUAGAGCUCGGUCUACCUCCCCACCGGAUGGAGGAUGGGGUUGGAUGAUUGUGGCUGGCUGUUUCCUUGUUACCAUCUGCACCCGGGCAGUAACCAGAUGUAUUUCAAUUUUUUUUGUGGACUUCCAGACAUACUUCUCUCAGGAUUAUGCACAGACAGCCUGGAUCCAUUCCAUUGUAGACUGUGUGACCAUGCUCUGCGGUCUUGGAUUUGCACUUUGUUACUCUCCAGCUAUUGCCAUGGUUGGAAAGUAUUUCAGCAGACGGAAAGCCCUUGCUUAUGGGAUCUCCAUGUCGGGAAGCGGCAUUGGCAUCUUCAUCCUGGCUCCUGUGGUUCAGCUCCUUAUUGAACAAUUUUCCUGGAGGGGAGCAUUACUCAUCCUUGGGGGUUUCGUUCUGAAUCUCUGUGUUUGCGGCGCCUUGAUGCGGCCAAUUACUCUUAAAGAUGACCAAACAACUUCAGAGCAGAACCAUGUCUGUAGAACUGAGACACAAGGCUUUCAGCGGGCGUCUCCCUCUUUGACUUGGACUAAAGAAUGGGUGCAGACCUGCCUCUGUGGCUCUUUGCAGCAGGAAUACAAUUUUUUACUGAUGUCAGACUUCGUUGUAUUGGCCAUCUCUGUUCUAUUUAUGGCUUAUGGCUGCAGCCCUCUCUUUGUAUACAUGGUGCCUUAUGCUCUGAGUAUUGGAGUGAGUCACCAGCAAGCUGCUCUUCUCAUGUCCAUACUUGGGGUGAUUGACAUUAUUGGCAAUAUCACGUUCGGAUGGCUAACUGACAGAAGGUGUCUGAAGAAUUACCAGUAUAUUUGCUACCUCUUUGCCAUCGGAAUGGAUGGGCUCUGCUACCUCUGCCUCCCAAUGCUUCAAAGUCUCCCCCUGCUCGUGCCUUUCGCUUGUACUUUUGGCUACUUUGAUGGUGCCUAUGUGACUCUGAUCCCAGUAGUGACUGCAGAGAUCGUGGGGACCACCUCUUUGUCAUCAGCGCUUGGCGUGGUGUACUUCCUCCAUGCAGUGCCGUAUUUGGUGAGCCCACCCAUCGCAGGAUGGCUCGUAGACACGACUGGCAGCUACACUGCAGCGUUUCUUCUCUGUGGGUUUUCAAUGAUAUUUAGUUCUGUGUUGCUUGGCUUUGCUAGACUUGUAAAGAAGAUGAGAAAAACCCAGCUGCAGUUCCUUGCCAAAGAGUCAGAUCCCAAGCUGCAGCUAUGGACCAAUGGAUCGGUGGCUUAUUCUGUAGCAAGAGAAUUAGAUCAGAAAGAUGGGGAGUCUGUGGCUAUAGCAAUGCUUGGUUCCAACCCCGCAUGAUCAAUGGCCUUGAGCCUGAAUCUUCAGGGCUGAAAGAGGUGGGACCACUGUAUUGUACAUGUUUCUGAAGGAUUUUAUUUUGGCAGAAGUAUUGCCUUCUAAGGAAAUUUAUCGUUUUAUUAAUAUGUUUGUAAUGGAAAAAUAGCAAAUAACAAAGCAAGCUGGACUGGCUCAGAGUAUCCCCUUUUGGGAUUUGUACUCAUAAUUGAACUCGCAUCUUUUGGGCAGUGAGCAUCACACUAUGGAGAAUGUUAGGACCUAGCUGAUAUAAUUCACUGUAAAUAGAGGUAAUUUCAAGGCACGACCAAAGCAGAUGACACUGGACGCAGCUUUGUUUCAAAUUCUCUGCCCUUCCAUCUUCCCUCCUCAGUUAGAAGGUAAACAGAAACAUUGACAUGUAGGUUUCUUUAUGCUGUUCAGAGAAGGGGGUCCUGUAUUAAUCAUUGCCUUUUGAAGAACCUAAAGUACUCUUCAACAACCUGUUUCAAAUGCUAAUGAGAAACUCCACUAGGAAGAAGGUUUGUCAUCCUCACCUUCCACCACCACUGAAAGCUCUUUUCCUAAAACGAGGCACUUAACCUCCAACCAGACGCUCACCUCUGUUGCUAUCACAUAUAAUAUUUGCUCUAAAUUGAGUAGAACAUACCAAGACACAUGGGCGAUUUCUAAAUCUUACCAGAAAUGUUAACUCUAAUGCUUCCCUUUUUUUUUCCUUUAGAAAUAAAGCAUUUAUUUAAACUGUAGACAAUUCCUGUUAGGAAUGGAAAAAUGUUGGCAGCAUUCCAACUGGGCAGGAAUUGAAUUCUUGAAUCAGCAGGUCUCUGGUGAAAGUUUUCUUUUCAGAUCAGAUAUUUAGGUUCAUUACCCAAAACAGGACUUGGGAAUUUGGCCUGAAAAAUAUUAUUCUAGAGAUACUCUGAAGCUGAGAUUCCUUUCUCCCUGUGUUAAUUUUUGUUCCAAUGUCCACUGCUCUUCAUCUCUUUAUAGAUAAUCAUUAGUGGACCUUUUCAGCUGAAUGAGAAGACUUCAGGGGUUAACCUCAGCAUCACAGCCCUCCCACAAAUUGUAGCUUUGGUCAGGGGAGAGGGAGGACAAAGUUAAGAAGGCUAGUGGUGUGUUGUUUUACAGUUUAUAAUCACAUACCUUAACUCAUUGGAUUAUAGUUUGCUCAUUCCCAAGUACCCUACUUUCCUGUGGUGUGGGAUAAAGUCUUCAGAUUGAAGAGGGAGGGCAUAGGGAGAGAAGAGAAAGGCCAGAUCCCCCAGCCUGUCUCCGACCAUUUUAAGUCCUCUGAAUUAUAAUCCUGAAUCCCAAAUCAUGUUGCACUUGUAACACAGGGGCAAGUUAUACAAUUGAAAGGGGAUUUUAAUUAUUCAAAAAUUUAAAAUCUGAACCUCAGGGAACUAUUUUGACCCUGAAGGCCAUUCAAUCCACUGUCCCCCAACAGAUCUCACAAAUGCCUUGCCAGGGGUGCUGAGA